AUAAUAAACUCUGAUUUUAUUGUAGGUCUAGGUACCUCUACCUACGUUGCAUUGUUGCUAUCCUAAUCAUUUGAACACGAAGAAACUAGGUUUCUAUCGUGUUUGAAUGCAUUAAUGAAUUGGUCGAUCAUCCCAACAAAGUUUUAACACUUUGUUCUCUCUUUAAAAGAAUGUCAAAUUAUAAUAUGUGCAAAUAGGUACACAAUAUGAAUAUUCAGUUCGCUUACGUAACAAGUAUAAAUCGUAAGAAUUCAUUCCUGUUUUUCAUUUCUACCAUUGGUAGAAACGUUGCGAAUGCCACAAUAUGCAUCAGUGUUGGUGGAGUUGCUGAAUAUUUUUUAGUUUGACUGUUUCAGUACUUUCGAGAUUAUCAAAAUACAACCGCAAUAUCAGAAUGUAUGAUAAAGUAGAAAUUUUGGAUCCUGAAAAUAAUCACUCUGUAUCAAUUGAACAAACUGAGAUAUGUGAUAUUUUUGAAGAAAAAUUACUUCAGAAUCCAGAAAUCCGAAAUGAUCUAAGUUACUGGAAAAAUCCAGGCACCGAACCACUGAAGAAUUUUACGAUAAAUGAGAUAUUUUCUCAGUCUGCUGAGAAAUAUGGAGACAGAUAUGCUGUGUGUUCAUAUCAAGGGACAAAGUUGACUUACAAGCAAGCUCUGCACCAAGUAGAUGAAUUUGCAGCUGGUCUACUGGCAAUCGGUUUGAAAAAAGGUGAUUCCGUCGGUAUUUGGGCACCCAAUUCGUCCGAAUGGUACAUUUCAAUUUUGGCAAUAAUGAAAGCUGGUUUGGUGGCUGUGAACCUUAAUCCGCUAUAUGAAUGCCCAGAAAUAGAAUCGGCUUUGAUAAAAGCUGAUGUAAAAGCUCUAAUAAUUGGUGACAUUUGGAUUGAUCGAAACUACUACGAGAUGUUGAGUAAAAUAGCUCCAGAAAUUUCAAAUUACGAUUUUUGCAAUCAGAUUACUACGGCUGCCUUACCUUUGCUCAAAACAUUAAUCAUAAUCAGUCAAAAUUCUCACAAAGGAACAUAUCGAUGGACUGAUAUUCUCUCCAGUUCAAGUCCACAUUAUAGACAAAAACUGCAGCAGAUUCAAAACGAAAUUAGUAUCCAUGAUGUGUGCAAUAUUCAAUUUACUUCGGGUACAACCGGAGAAUCGAAAGGUGCCACUUUGACUCAUAAUAAUAUGGCAAAUAAUUCCUACUUCGUGGGGAAAAGGAUGCUUCUGAUGGAUAAGCAUCACAAAAUUUGUCUUCAAGUUCCACUUUUUCAUACUUUUGGUACUGUGCUGGGCCUGUUUGUGGCUAUUAAUUAUGGUGCAACUAUUGUCCUGCCAUCUCCAAAAUUUAGUCCCACUAAAUCCAUAGAAGCGGUGAUAAAUGAAAAAUGCACAAUUAUGUACGGCACCCCGACAAUGUACAUCGAUUUGAUGACUGUUGCUAACAAAAUGGCUGUCUCUGAUCCUACUGUAUUUUCAAAACUAUCAUCGCUCGAAGUUGCCCUCACAGCCGGAUCCCUCUGUCCACCAGAUCUAUUUAGGAAAAUGAAAGAACAAUUUCACUUUAAACGAAUUUAUUCUGGCUAUGGUAUGACUGAAACUAGCCCAAUAGUAUUCUUUUCCUCACCCAACGAUCCUGAACAUUUGGUGACAUCUACGAUCGGACAUGUGAUUGAUUGUGUUGAGGUAAAAGUAAUCGAUGAGAAAGGCCAAAUAGUACCAUUUGGUAUGCCCGGUGAAGCAUGUUUUAGAGGAUACAAUGUAAUGAAAGGAUAUUACAACAAUCCAAAAGCAAAUGAAAACGCCUUUUUAGCAGGAGGCUGGAUUCGCAGUGGAGACAGAUUUGUUUUAUUUGACAAUGGAUAUGGGCAAGUUGUUGGACGUAUAAAAGACACCAUAAUUAGAGGCGGUGAAAAUAUAGAACCUAGUGAAAUUGAAAAUGUUAUAAUAACCCAUCCUGAAGUAUUAAAUGUUCAAGUAUAUGCUAUAUCAGAUGAUCGACUAGGAGAAGUUGUAGCAGCCAGCAUUAUUAGAAGUGAAAAUUCUUCAUUGAGUGCUGAAGAAAUACGAGAUUUUUGUAAUGGAAAAUUUGCAGCUUAUAAGUUUCCAAAGUAUAUCACCUUUGUUGAAGAUUUCCCUCGUACUGCAUCAGGAAAAAUACAGAAAUUCAAACUUCGACAAAAUUUAGAACAACAAUUAGGAUUAAAGUCGUUUUAAAUGUAGUAAGUAUGGUUUUAAAAAAAUAAUAAACUUUGAGUCAUUUGUCUGUUUA